AAUGUUGUUAGUGACAGGUAUUUCGAAGAGGAGACACUUUUUUAUUUUUAUUAAACAUGCCAUGAAUUGAUUCAAAUUACUUUUGCACUUUGAAAAGUGGAAUAUUUUUCAAGGUGAUGAAAUUGAUGAGCACAAUGACGCCCAUUCAAAUAGCUUCCAGUGUUAUUGAAAAGCUACAAGAAGAAAAUCGGAUCGCUUUAGAAACACUUCACAAAUCUCAAAGUAACAUAAAAAAUUUGGAACAUCAGUUAUUAGAGAAGGAACAAUUGAUUAAAAUACUACAAGACAGACUUCGUGCUGGUUCAAAUAGUUUCCUUGAAAUGAGCAACAGACAAAAAGAAAUAACGAUUAAACAUUUAGAAUUACAAAUUCAGAAAUUGCUUCAAGAAAAUAAAGAACUAGAACAGGAAAUAAAUGCUCUGCAAUCAGAUAUUUGUGCUGGGUGUGAAACCAAAUAUUUUAGUGUUCCUACUGAGAAAAAGGUAGCACCCAAAUCGUCUCUGAAAAAACCAGUUACAAAAAAUGUACCAGGAAAAUCAACUUCUCAGUCUGGAGCUGAAAGUCGUGAAAAAAUGUUGCAACGAAUCAUUGAGCAUAAAGAUAAGAGAAUUCGUCACCUAUCUAAAGAAAUACAAAAACUCUCGCAAACUGAAAAAGAAUUAACCAAUAAAAUUUAUAGAUUAACCAAAUUAAUUCCAAUGUCUCAUAUGCCUUCAGAAAUUUUAACUGAAUGUUUAUUAAAAGAAAUUCAAUCUCUCGAAUCCCAGAUUCAACUUAAUAAAGGAGAACGUGGGAAAUUGCCUCAUGAAAAUGAUGUGAUGAGAUUUAAAAAGUUUGAUUCUGAUCCAAUCCUUACAUUGAAAGGAUCAGGCAUUACAAGCCAAAAUGAUAGUGCUAUAUCUAAAAAGGUGAGUAAAAAAUCUAGUUCAAAUUUAAAGCGGAAAGAAAUUUCAUACAGCGAUUUCGGUAAUGUGCAACAAGAAAAUGUUACUCUUGUGUCAAAUUUACAUAAGUUGUAUAAUGAUGUUUCUGAGUUGAAACAGUUAUUUGCAUCAGAGAAUGAAAAAUUGUAUCAAACUGUUACUAAAGACUCUUUACGAAAUGAUAUGUUAAGGACCCAAUGGAAAGAAAUUAUGAGUAGAUUGAACAAUAUUGCUGAAAGUAUUCAGAGUAUAAUAACAAUAAAUCCAGACUUCAAACAAAAUGAGCCAACUGUUUCUAAUGAGUGUGAAAAUAUUAUAUUACGUUUGCAAGAUAGAUUAAGAGAUUCUUUAGAACUAGCAACUCAGUAUGAAAAUGAAAAUGCAAUUUUGAAGGAAAAUAUUGCUAAGUUAAAAAAUCAGUUAACACAAAAGAAAGAAAAUCAGAUAUUUCAAAGUUCAACAAUUGAAUCAUCUGAAGAAAUUACUUCUUCAACAACUGUUCAGAAGCCUACUCAUGGUGUUGAUGAUCAUCAGCAAUUAAAGAGUUUGUUAAGUUUAAAACAAAAGCAGCUAGAUGCUGCGGAGAGCCAUCUGAGAACUUGUCAAAAUUUCAUUGAGGAACUGCAGCGAAAGCAUUUGGAUUCUGAUUGUAUUCCUGAUAAAAAGGAUGCCUCAACUUAUGUAAAUUAUCAGGUUGGUGAACUACCUCUUGGAGCCUUGAUGACAAAAUUAGAAGUUGCUGAAAAAAAUAUUAAAACAUGCGAAGGUGUGAUUGAAGGUCUGCAAAAAGUGAUUCAGAAUUUGGAAGAAGAAAAUAUUAGAUUAGAGUCAGAUUUACAUAUGGCUAAAUUUAAGAAAGUUUUAUCUGAAGCUAAUAAUAAUCACACUGCUUGCUUGAAAUCGCAAUUAAGAGAUGCUGAAGAUGAAAUGUCAGCUAUUAAUAAUGAGAAUAAAGAACUGAAAACUAAAGUUCAUUCCUUGGAAGCAGAUAAUUUGACUCUUCAAAAUAAUUUAGCACGUGUUAAUGAAGAACUUGCUUCUUUACAGUCUGCAGCUAAAAGUAAAGUUAAUUCCUUAGAAACAGAUAAUCUGACUCUCCAAAAUAAUUUAGUGCAUGCUAACGAGGAACUUGCAUCUUUAAAAUCUGCAAGUGAAGAAAAAUUUUCACUUCAAUCAAAGUUACAUAUUGCAGAGAAGCGUAUUGAAUCUCUCGAAAAUAAUAUUGCAAAGGAGCAAAAUGCUGUUGAAAAACUCAGGCAAGAAAAUACUGAAUUAAAAACCAAGUUACAGUCAAUUGAAAGAGAAAAUGUUUUGUCUAAAGCAUAUGAGGAUGAUGUGAUGUCAUUGAGAAAUAAUCUUAUCUUGAAAGAAGAUGAGAUUCGUAAUUUAAAAGAAUCCCUCCAUGCAUUUGAGCGCAAAGCAUAUGAAAUGAAUCAUUAUCGAAAAACCUUACGUCAAGAAAUUGAAAAGUUGUGUGACAUAUUAUUAGAAAAUACUGAAAGCAGUAAGAGUGCAGCUAAUCGAAAAGCUAUUUAUAAAGCUGCUGCAUUGCAUUCUGCGCAAGCAUUGUUGCGCUUAGAUGAUGAUUAUAAUUUGCAGUCAGAUAAUGAUGAACAGUGUGAUGCUUUAGAAGAGAUGAAACAUCAGGUUUCAGUGUAUUUAACUGAAGUAUCCAGGAUUCAUGAAUUACUAACUAUUAAGGAGCAACAAAGAGAGAAUCUUCUGAAGCAAUAUCUUGAUAUGAAUGGUCAGACAGAUGUUCCAGGAUUUAAAUCCAGCCAUGAAGUACAUUUUCAAGAAGAAGCUGCCAUCUCUGAAAUUGACUCCAGGCCUCUUACUAAUUCUUCUUCCAGUUCCCGUGGAACUACCCUUGGUUCAUCAGAAUCAGGUAUACACUCUGCUGAUAAAAAUGUUCAAACAGAAAAAAAUCAAUCUGAGCAUGGUAUUCUUAUUUGUUCUCCAUCAGAAACAGUACUUAAAAAUGUUCAAGAGGAGUUAGAAACUUCUAAAUCAAUUACCACUUAUUUAUUAACAAAAUGUUCCCAAUUGGAAGAUUUAUUGGAAAAAGAAAGGACAGAAUAUGCAAAGUGUGAGAAGGAAAUUGAAAUGUACAAAAACACAAUAAAGGAUUUGAAAAAUCAAUUGUCUGUAAAAAGUAAUGUAGCUAAGAGACUUAAUACUCUAAUUGAGAUGAUGCGUUCUAAGGAAUGUAAUGAUGAAAUUACAGUAGAACAAUUGAAAAGUGAAAUUAAAUGGCUUGUUAAUGAAAAUCAAAAAGUGUUUGAGAAGAUCACUGCAACUCAGGCUGAACUGUAUCGUUGUAAGGAAGAAAAUUCGAGAAUACAAAAUGAUCUUGAUUCUUUAAAAAGACAACUUAUUAAUGAGAAAUAUGAACAUGCUAAGGUUAACAAUGAAUUAAAGCAUUUACGAGUGCAAAUUUCUAAUUCUCAGUCUUCCACUUUAAAUGAUAUUUGAUUUAUAAAUAGAGUAUCAAAUUUCAGAUAAAAAA